AUGACAUGAUCCCCCACCCUGAUAUACCUUACCAUGUCACUUUCCUAUGCCAUUCCAAUUCUAAUUGCUGUUGCCUUCCUAACCUUAGUUGAGCGAAAAGUCCUAAGUUAUAUACAAGCCCGAAAAGGCCCCAACAUUGUUGGCCCAUUCGGCCUACUACAGCCUGUAGCAGACGGAGUAAAACUCUUCAUCAAAGAACCAAUUCGCCCCUCCACCUCCUCCCCACUCUUAUUCCUUUUAACACCAAUACUAGCCCUAUUACUAGCACUCACAAUCUGAAUUCCACUCCCCCUCCCUUUCUCCCUUGCUGACUUAAACCUAGGCCUACUGUUCCUUCUCGCUAUAUCGAGCCUGGCAGUCUACUCAAUCUUAUGAUCAGGAUGGGCCUCAAAUUCAAAAUACGCUUUAAUCGGUGCCCUACGAGCAGUAGCACAAACCAUCUCCUAUGAAGUAACAUUAGCCAUUAUCCUCCUAUCUGUGAUCAUACUAAGCGGCAACUACACCCUAAACACCCUCGCCAUUACCCAAGAACCACUAUACCUUAUCUUUUCUUCCUGGCCUCUUGCAAUAAUGUGGUAUAUCUCCACGCUCGCUGAGACAAACCGAGCCCCCUUUGACCUCACAGAAGGAGAAUCUGAACUAGUUUCAGGCUUCAACGUAGAAUACGCCGCAGGACCAUUCGCCUUAUUUUUCCUAGCUGAAUACGCAAACAUCAUACUGAUAAAUACACUAACUGUCAUCUUAUUCUUAAGCCCAAGUUCACUAAACCUUACCCCAGAACUAUUUCCAAUAGUCCUAGCUACAAAAAUCUUACUCCUCUCCUCGGGCUUCCUAUGAAUCCGCGCCUCCUACCCACGAUUCCGCUAUGAUCAACUCAUGCACCUACUCUGAAAAAACUUUCUACCCCUGACACUAGCACUAUGCCUUUGACAUACUAGCAUGCCAAUCUGCUACGCAGGCCUACCUCCUUACCUAAGG